GCUAGUUCACCGAGAGCUUGAAUUCACAUGCUGUGUUGUUUGCACUCUCUGUUCUGCAGAAAGACUUCUAUGCACCUAAGGAUGGAUUAUAUUUUUGUUGUCUCGUACAUCAUUCUAACCCUAACCUUCCAAGUUCAGUGUGGCAAAAUCCUGGUGUUUCCUCAUGAAGGCAGUCACUGGGUGAACAUGAAUGUUUUGAUUCAGGAGCUUCAUUCCAGAGGUCAUCACGUCACAGUGAUACGGGCCCUUGACAGCUGGUACAUCUCGGAGGAAUCGCCUCACUACGUGUCCAUGACGGUUCCCUUUUCACUGGGUGGAGAUGAGGAAUUCUACAGUACUUUCGUUUCUAGACAGCUACAGAUCAAGAGGCAGGGACUUUCUGCAUGGACCAGAUUCAGUUUGGACAUGGAACUCAAAGACAAGUUUUCUGAAAUGCAUAGGAAGAUCUGUGAAAUGGUGAUCCAUAUAAUCGAGAAAGAUCCUGUCCUGAUAGAAAAACUCAAGGAGGCUAAUUUUGACUUGAUGUUGUCCGAUCCAGUCAACGGAGGGGGUGUUGUGCUUGCACACUAUCUCCAUCUACCAAUCGUUUUCAAUGUCCGCUGGACAAUACAUGGAGAGGCGCAUUUCGGAAUAGCUCCAUCCCCACUCUCAUAUGUUCCGUUCCCGCUUUCUCAGUUGACUGAUAACAUGACCUUUCUUCAGAGGACGUACAACAUGCUGUUCUACGGCAUUCGUAUUUUCCUCUACAAGCGCAUCGUUGGCCCUCAUUAUAGUGCUUUGUGCAACCGUUAUUUUGGCUCUGAUUUAGACUAUUUUGAAUUAUUUCAAGCAGCUGAUAUUUGGCUGAUGAGGGUGGAUUUUGUCUUUGAGUUUCCACGUCCAACGAUGCCAAACGUGGUAUAUAUCGGUGGUUUCCAGUGUAAACCAGCAAAAGACCUCCCAAAGGAUCUUGAGAAUUUUGUACAAAGUUCUGGAGAACAUGGAGUCAUCGUUAUGUCUUUGGGUACAUUGGUUGGACAGCUUCCACUUGACAUCGCAGAUGAAAUGGCUUCUGCAUUUGCUCAGUUUCCACAAAAGGUGAUUUGGAGAUACACAGGAGAGCGACCUUCUACACUGGGCAACAACACUUUAAUGGUUAACUGGUUUCCACAGAAUGAUCUUUUAGGACAUCCAAAGACCAGAGUUUUUGUGUCUCAUGGUGGAACUAAUGGUCUAUUUGAAGCCAUUUACCAUAGUGUUCCAGUUGUAGGGUUACCACUUGUUUUUGACCAAGAGGAUAACCUUUCAAAAAUGAGACAUAAAGGUGUAGCAAAUGUUUUAGACAUUGCGACUAUAGAUAGACAUUUAUUUAAAAAGGCGUUACAGGAAGUGCUUAAUGAACCGUCCUACAAGAAAAACAUCCAGAGACUGUCAAUUCUCCAUAGAGACACUCCAUUAAAACCACUCGACAGUGCCCUCUUCUGGAUUGAGUUUGUCAUGAGACACAAAGGUGCUGCUCAUCUUCGUACAGACUCUUAUAAAAUGCCCUGGUACUCAUACUACAGUGUAGAUGUUGUAGUGUUCUUGGUGUUAAUUUUGUCUUUGGUCGUUUGUAUUAUAUUUAACAUGAUACGAUUUUUAUGUCGCCGGUUGUGUGUAAAAGGAAAUAGAACAAAACAAGAUUGAGUCUGAACACUUGUUUGUUUACAAGGAAAAAUAUCAUCCUAACGCUUGUAAGGUUGUGCAGAGCAUUCAUUUACAGGCCUGUUUUGUUUGGUUACAGUGAUUCUGUGAAAUGAUAGAAUUGGGCUUAAACUAUGAAUAUUUGAAGUAUAUGUGAAUAUAUACAUUUUGACUAUGUGCUUAAUCUUAUAACAAUGGGUCACUCUAAUAAUUCAAAAUUUCUCAUUUACUCAACUUUAUGCAGUCUCAAACUCGUAUGACAAUAUUUAUAGUGAAAAAAGUUACAUCCGUUUGUCACCCAAAGCCAAUUGUAUUUCCUCAGAAAACAUGGAUUAAACCAAUUGAGUUUUAUAGAUUACCUUUUGUCUCUGUCUUUUUGUAGCUUGAAAGUGUUGGGACCCCAUUAUUUAGCAUUCUAAGGACAAAAACGCCUCAUUAAAAUAUCUUUAUUUGUGCUCCGCGGAAAAAAGUCAUACGAGUUUAAGAUGACGUAACGGUUAUUAAAUGAUAAGAGAAUUAAUCAUUAUUUGGAUGAACUAUUCCUUUUGAAGUCAAAAUGAAAUGGCAUUUGUGAGCAAUAUUACUUAAUGACAUAUUUCCAAGUCAAACAGGAUAGUCAUAAAAUAAUUUUUUUUAAAAAAAACAGUGGGCUGGACUUGAUCUUAUCAAUAGUAUCCAGCUGCAGAACCGCAGCACCACCAGUUUCAGAACCCCAGCACCAGAACCGGAAGUGAGGGGCUGAGCUUACGUUCUAACUCCAGCACCAGAACCGGAAGUGAGGGGCGGAGCUUACGUUCUAAACCGAGUAGCGCCACCUAACGUUUUGGAGCAUAGUUUGCUUUUAUUAGACACGAAAGGGCAUACUUUUUACGUAUGAUGUUAUAAUGAUACAUUAAGGUACAGUACAAUAAGCAUUUUAAAACAUUGAUCUUGUGUAAUAUAAUUGUAUAUAGUUAUCCGUUUCAUUGUAUUAUGAGAGUUACUUCCUGAUCAUGAUGGUGAAAAAUAAUGCUUGAAACUUAUGGGCAUUUUAUAUAAAAUAUACUUUAUUUCACAAGAACAUGUGCAGCAUGCAUUUUUCUUUAUGUAAAAUAAAACAUGUCAAAAAACUAAAAAAGAGAGAAAAUUCAGCAUCGUUUUAAAAGAAACAAUAAAAAUGUAUACAACAAAUGACCAAUUCACCCCUAGGCCCAUUUUAUCAUGACAAUCCUGCAGCUCAGGUAAUGAGUCACCUCUCUGAAUCGUUAUAUGUCUCUACAAGAGAUGAAAGCACCACACAAUAAUCUCAAUGUAAAAAAAAACUCAACUAUUAGGUAACAUUAACUCACAAACAAUGCAUAUAAAAGAGGAACGUGGAACAAACACUUUAACACCUUCACAAGAUGUCUUCAAAACGUCACCGCAAGGCCCAUUUACAACACGCAAAAAUGUAUCAAACCAUCUGUAGAAUUUUUUUUUUAUAUAAUAAAGUAUGACAACCUAUUCAAGCUUCAAUAAGAUGAUAAAGUUAAGCACAAAUUAAAUAUUUAGCAGAUAAAUGCUGAACUUAAUAUAUGCGAUAAUUUUUCACCACAUGAUGUCAAAAACGUUAGACAACGUUACACAACUCACCGUGCUCUCCUCCAUGCUUGUCUCAUUGUCAAUAACACCGCCCCUCACUUCUGGUUCUGGCGCUGGGGUUCUGAAACUGGUGGUGCUGCGGGUCUGCAGCUGGAUAUAUCUCGAUCUUAGAUUGAGAAUUGUGUGGAUCGUAAAAAGGUUCAUAACCAGAAUGGAGCAAGAUCUGAAUGCGAGUUUCCUAAAACAGUGUUUUGAUUGGUACAAGUUGGUUUUAUUUGAACCAUAUAACCAAUGUUAACCACAGUCAUAAAUUAUUUAUUCCAUUAUUCUUCAUUCUAAAACUUCCUGUAAUUACUGUCCUGCCUGUAAUUACUGUGAUGUCACUAAAUUUGCUUAUACUGAUAUUGCCGUCUGUAAUGACUAAAACCUCUAUAACAUUCAACAGCAUUAAAUCACUUUAACAUUUGUUAAUAUCAUUAUUUGCCGCAAUUAUAGCAGGAUAACAGCACCUUUAAA